AUGGAGGAUGUUUCUAGAUUAGCACCAUUAAAAGAUGGACUUGACGCUGCCAAUCUUGAAGAGAGUCGAAAUCUCGGGAAUUCAGUUCCAACUUCUUCAGGUACAUUGGAAGCAAAUCCGAAUAAUGCUUCAACGCCAUCUUUAGAGAGUCGGUCAGCAGAUAAUGCUAUUGAUGCACCUGCGGUUGAGCAGGAAACCUCAGAUGUUGACACACUUAAGCCUCAGAAAGAAGAAAAAGUGGAAGCAAAAAUCAUUAGUCAGUCAUCUCGAGAAGAUGAUUCCUUUAGCAACACCCGUAUUCGUGAAGAUAAACUCCCUGUUUCCUCCCCUCAAGCAAGCAACGGUAGUGUUUCUCACAUAGUUCCUGAAGUUUCUUCAGAUUCUGAUAGUACACCAAAAGCUACUGAACGCUCUAAACAGCACAUGUACAUGGAUGUAAAUAGAGGUAAGAUAGACACGGCAGCACCUAUUGAAUCUGUUAAAGCAGCUGUUUCAAAGUUUGGAGGAAUAGUUGACUGGAAAGCCCAUCGAGCGCACACUGUGGAGAGACGAAAGUUCAUAGAACAAGAACUGGAGAAAGCGCAGGUGGAAAUUCCUAUGUAUAAGAAACAAUCAGAGGCUGCUGAAGAGGUAAAAUUACAAGUUUUAAAAGAGCUUGAAAGCACUAAGAGACUUAUCGAAGAGUUGAAAUUGAAUCUCGAACGAGCACAAACAGAAGAACAACAAGCAAAACAGGAUUCAGAACUUGCAAAGCUCAGAGUCGAAGAGAUGGAGCAAGGGAUUGCCGAUGAGGCUAGCAUUGCUGCCAAGGCUCAACUUGAGGUUGCUCGAGCCCGGCAAGCAGCUGCAGUUUCAGAGCUUAAAAAUGUUAAAGAUGAAUUGGAACAGCUUCGGAAAGAUUAUGCUUUAUUGGUGGCAGAGAAAAAUGCCGAAAUGCAAAAGGCGGAAGAAGCCAUUUAUAAGUUGAAAGAAGUCGAGAAGUCGGUUGAGGAUUUAACAAUUGAGCUCAUUACUGCAAAGGAGUUGUUGGAAUCUGCACACGCUGCACAUUUGGAGGCGGAGGAGCACAGAAUUGGAGCAAUUAUGGCCAAAGAACAAGACACUCUGAACUGGGAGAAGGAAUUGAAGCAGGCAGAAGAGGAACUAGAGAAACUAAAUGAGCAAAUAUUGUCUGCAAAGGAUCUUAAAUCAAAGUUGGAUACUGCUUUGGUCUUAUUACGGGAAUUAAAAUCUGAAUUGGCAGCAUACAUGGAAUCAACAGUCGAGCAGGAAACUUAUGAAGAAGGCAAAUUGAGGGAUAUAUUCGAGGAACCGGAGAAAAAAACUCAUGGUGAGAUUCAAUCAGCUGUUACUGCAGCCAAGAAGGAAAUUGAAGAAGUGAAGCUCAAUAUCGAGAAAUCAACAACCGAAGUGAACUACUUGAAAGUGGCGGUCACAUCAUUGAAGUCAGAACUGGAGAAAGAAAAAUCAGAACUCAGCGCCAUUCAACAGAGAGAAGGAAUGGCGUCGAUUGCGGUUGCAUCUCUUGAAGCUGAGCUAAACAGGACGAAGUCGGAGAUUGCUCUUAGUCAGAUGAAGGAGAAAGAAGAAAGAGAUAAAAUGGUAGAGCUACCAAAGAAACUACAAGAGGCUGCUCAAGAGGCAGAUCAAGCAAAGGAACUCGCUCAAACAGCUCGUGAAGAACUUCGGAAGGUGAAGGAGGAAGCUGAACAAGCAAAAGCUGGAGCAAGUACAGUGGAGAGUCGGUUACGUGCGGCCCAAAAGGAAAUAGAAGCUACGAAGGCUUCCGAGAAGUUAGCACUAGCAGCUAUCAGUGCAUUGCAAGAGAGUGAAUCAGCUCAAAGGACCAACGAAGAGGAUUCACUAACUGGAGUAACACUCUCUUUAGAAGAAUAUUACAAGCUUAGCAAGCAGGCCCAUGAGGCCGAAGAGCAAGCUAACAUGCGGGUGGCUGCUGCUAUCACCCAAAUUGAAGUAGCCAAGCAGUCCGAGUUGAGAAGCUUGACAAAGCUCGAAGAAGCCAACCGGGAGAUGGCUGAAAGAAAAGAUGCUCUAGAUAUUGCAUUGGAGAAGGCUGAGAAAGCUAAGGAAGGAAAGUUGGGUGUAGAACAGGAGUUGAGAAAGUGGAGGGCUGAGCAUGAGCGAAGACGGAAAGCUGGCGAAUCUGUUCCGGCAGUCGUGAAUCCAAAUAAAAGUCCAAGAGGAAGCUUUGAGGAGAGAGAAGAAUCGAAAAGUUUUCUCACACCUGAUCCUUCUACACUUCAAUAUAGGCCUAGUCCAAAGACGUACUCCAGCAACAUAGAAACGGAGUCCUCUCCAGAAACAAGAGUCACGAAGAAAAAGAAGAAAUCAUUCUUCCCACGAAUCUUCAUGUUCUUGAUCAAAAAGAGGGCACUCACGUCUAAAUCAUCAUAA